AUGUUUGAGAAGCCGAAAGCUGCUGUGAUGGGCCUCCGCAAACCUCUGGUAAUUACUGUAGCGGUUGGUUUGCAAACCAAAAUGUGGGGUCUUAAUGGUGUACGACAGUACGAGGGGCACCGUGUAAUCAAGAGCUACUUCAAGGUAUCCAUAACCUGCCUUAACAGCAGUCACUUUCGCACUUUAAAUUAUGGUCACAUGUACACAGUAAGCAUAACUUUGUGUCCAGCCUGUGUGGGUCAAGUCCAAAAAGAUGAAGUGUGUUGCCAAGAGGAAGCAACAUAUGAUCCAGAAUGUGCUCAGCGUCCUCACAUGAUUGAUGGCCAUAGCAGCUACGUGCCUGAGUCAAUCGCGGGGCACCACGAGGCCGGAAAUGGCGCGGUCCUCUACGGGGUUAAGUGGAUCGGAUACGAGUGUCCGACCUGGGAGCUCGAAAGCGAUCUCUAUAUGCAUGGCUAUCUACUUGCAGCUUAUCACGAUACCAUCCAGACCAAGGUCCCUACCGAGGCGUUUGUUGUAGUCGAAACAUGACGUCCUUAGGAUUACUGUGUAGCACAGUAUAGCAUCUGUAGUUUGAACAGUUGGGGUCGGUCUGAGAACGCACUUGAAGACGA